AUGGCUGGCCAAGAUGCUCAACCUGGUCGUGGUUUGCCACCGUAUUUACUAUCACGAAACUAUGCAGAUUCAAGCACAGACAGCGAUGGAGCAUCGAGAAUAUUUGCAGCGUCAAGUUGUUCUAUGACAUCCGACAAAGACAGCGACUGUUCGUCUGUCUCACACAUGCCUCGUACUUUCUCUUAUAUGAGUACGUCCUCAAGCUUCACGUGGUCUGAUACAACUUCGAUUUCUACGGCUCCGAGCACGUUUCAGUAUGAGACAAGCAGUAUGAGUCAUUCUAUUGAUGAUGAAACACGAACACUUCGAAGUGAAGCCUUUUCAACGGGGAUAGAGAGUCUAUCUAGUAACAGUGGUGUUGGUCCUAUUUAUGAAGCUAGUAGUGGCUCAAUGCAGAAGACGACACCAAGUAAUUUUUCUCGAAGUGAUCUAUACACUGGUCCAGUUUGUCUAACCAACACUAAUAAUUUUAAUGCGAACAUCAGUUCUGCCUGGGAUUUCAAUGCACCUGCUUCCAGUCGCCCGGAAGAUAUGUUUACACCAUAUGUGCCAAUCUUUUCUAACAUUGACAAUGAACGACAUCAUGAAAGGAACGAAUCAUCUGGUUUGUAUUAA